AUGAAUAUGACAGAGGUUUUUACGGAAGCGACCAACGUUACAGCAUGGUUCUUCUGGACGACUGACACACCUGUACCUGUACCGACGUCGACGUCAGGUGUCCUGGCGGCGUGCACGCUGACGGCGCCGACGCGCUGCGGCAUCUACGGCGCCGCGCCGUCCCUCCAGCCGCUGCUGAUCGUCAUCUGGCUCGGCUUCCUGCUCUGGUCGCUCUUCGGGAACGGCUGUCUGCUGGCCGCCAUGGGCACCACGAUGGACAUGGAGGAACGUGGAAACUACUUCCUCGCCGGAAUGGCUGUGGCGGACAUCCUACUGGCUGUAGUCCACGCUCCAGCCUCCAUCUCCUCUCUAGUUUCGGGGGAACCGAUGACAGAAGGAUGGUGCAAGCUCCAGGCCUUCCUCUCACCCGGAGCAUUCAACCUCUCCAUGAGCUUCAUGACGGGCCUGUGGUACUGCCGCUAUCGCUACAUUGUCCACCCUCUGACGUACCAGGCCACCGUGACGUCACGCCGCAUAGCCGUCGCCAUGGCAACGAGCGUCGUCGUCAGCUUCCUGCCUCCCGCCAUCUACGUGCUGCGUCACAGCAGCGGCGGCGGAGCCACGUCGCUCAGCCUCGCCCGGCCCACCGGCCUCACCAUCCCGUGUAACGUCGGUGGUCUGGAGCGGCUGGUGAACCUGGUGAUCGACAUUCUGCAGUUCGGGGUCUGCACCUUCUGUAUCGUGCGCGUCCUGUUCGAGGCACGGAAACAUCGCGUGCAGAUCGCCAACCAGGUUCCGGCCAUCGCCUGGGCGGAGCAAGCCAACGCCUGGAAGGCCCAGAUGAAGAUCGUCUACACGCAUCUCAUCACGGUCGGCGUCAACUGCCUGACGUGGCUGCCUAUCCUCGCUAUCGGCAGCAUGCUGGCCGCAGGCACGCUGAUCCUGAACGACUCUGUGUCCAUCUGGCUGGAGGUGUUCUGGAUGGUGAACCAGACCUCCACCUUCUCCGACUCCGUGGUCUUCGCCUUCCGGUACGAGAUCUACCGGAAAGCGCUCAGGCAGCUGGUCAGGAAAAUCCGGCAGAUCAUCGAGGAGUACCAGUACGACUAA